GCAAUCUGCAUUUUCUUAUCAUUUAUGUAGCUCGUCAGCGUGCCACUGUAGCAAGUUAACUGGAACAACUGUCUACUCAAGGUAUGACAAACGAGUUAUUCGCAGAAGCUUCGGCUGUAUGGAAAAUGCUGGACGAAAUGGCAGUUAACGACCCAGUUGGAUAUAAAAAGUUUAUAAACAAACAACUGGAAGAUGGACAAAAAGCCUUGGCUCCACCGAAGGUUAAAUUUGUGAUCAAAGCUACACUGAAGGUCAGAAGGCGUUCACUUAUGAUAAACUAUUGCGAAUGGGGAGCAGUACCAGACGCCAAGUCAGAAGGUAGCCCGAUAAUCGUUAAAUGUGGCGAACUAUUCGAAGUCGAUGGUGGCUCUGCUAUCGCCAUGGCUUUCAACCCAAACGUCUUUGUGAGACACGCCUUUGCAACCGACUCCGGUCCAACUGACCCACCGAUUAUUCCCCAUGCGAGUAGUCGCCAAGAAGAAGACGCUCGAUACCAACUGAUUUGGCUGGGACUACAUUAUUUGGAAGUGGAAAAGAAGCUGUGCACUGUCGAAUCAAAUAGCGUGAUCUGCUCAUCGGCUCCUCUGAGGCCGAAAUUUCUGCCGCCGGAUGCAAGAUAUGGAACUACAUCUCAAAUAGUGCAAUCACUGGGUUAUGCGAGGCCCAUGCUGAAUGCCGAAGGCGCUCCGGAAGGUUCCAGAAUGAGCUCUCCUUUGGAUGGUGCCACUUGGAAGUUUGUGGGGGACAGGGAAAUUCAACUCCGGCACCUGACCAAUCCAGCUAACCACCAAGGGUUACUUUUCACAGAAAAAGAACCGUUUUUGCUAUCACACAAGGCGUCGCCACAGAAAAACGUGGAAUCAAAACUAAUUGAGGAAGUAGAUACGCAAGAAAUUAAGACAGGAGAGAUUAAGUUUGCCAGCGAAAGAAUAGCAUGGCACGCUGAAGUCAUGUCCGCUGCCAAAACGGAUGGACCCAAUCAACGCCCCAAUCAGCUAAAGAUAACGUUCGAUCUUCCCGGAGUCACUUCGGGAUCUCAGUGUGAUCUUGAUGUGACAGAAGUAAGUCCAUGGAAAUCCGAUGAUUAUGCUUCAAACUUUGGUUGA